GGGAAGUGACGUGUCGGAAGUCGGGAGUGGCUGUGCGGAAGCGGCGUCGCCGCCGCCAUGGAGCUGAGCGAGAUGCUCUACAACAAGUCCGAGUACAUCGAGACGGCGUCCGGCAAUAAGGUGAGCCGACAGUCCGUGCUGUGCGGCAGCCAGAACAUCGUUCUCAAUGGCAAGACAAUAGUUAUGAAUGACUGCAUCAUCCGUGGUGACCUGGCAAACGUGCGGGUUGGACGACAUUGCGUGGUGAAAAGCCGCAGUGUCAUUAGACCACCCUUCAAGAAGUUUAGUAAAGGGGUGGCUUUUUUCCCACUCCACAUCGGUGAUCACGUCUUCAUAGAAGAGGACUGUGUUGUCAAUGCAGCCCAGAUUGGCUCCUAUGUCCACAUAGGCAAGAACUGUGUUAUUGGUCGUAGAUGCGUUUUGAAAGACUGCUGCAAAAUCUUGGACAACACAGUACUACCUCCUGAAACGGUAGUCCCACCUUUCACAGUCUUCUCGGGCUGCCCAGGACUCUUCUCUGGGGAACUCCCAGAAUGUACCCAGGAACUCAUGAUUGACGUUACAAAGAGCUAUUACCAGAAGUUCUUGCCACUCACUCAGGUGGCCUCUGCCAGGGUCUAAAACCAAGUCACCACUGAAGAUCUCAAACACCCAGCACUGUUAAUAUUCCUUAGAUUUGGCCACUUUAUCCUCCUGUCCUCUGAAGCAUCCCUCUGACCUGGGCUCACCUCUACGCCUCUGCCAGCUCUGCAAAGAUGGAGCGUCAGUAGGUUGCAGCGUGCUACUACAGCCCCGGGGAAUUACGCGUUUCUGAUGGUGACAUUCAGCCUAGUGCAGUGCAAUAAAACGUGACUUCCAAGGGAGGGCUUUGCUGCGUAGCCAAAGCGGAGCUGCAGGUGCGUGGGGAAGCGUGCCCCUCAGAGAGGGAAACCCCUUCUUUCAGGAAUCUUGUACAAACAGUGAUCACUUCAAACACUGAGUCGCUGUAUUGCUUCAUUGAUCCUAUGUGCUUUACUCCAGUUUGCUCUGAACCAAGGUUGGCGGGCUGUGCUGCUUUUAUUGCAGGGCAGUGGGAGUCCUGGGAUAUGUACUCCUGCUCUUUCACCCCCUGUCCACUGUCGGCUGCGAGAGGCGCUGAUGCCAAUGGCUCUUUGGAGUCGCAGCUGGUCAGUGUAAGGAAUGGCAAAGAGCUGCUGCCUGUGAGGGUCUGUGCGGGGACAAAGUCACUGAGUGGAGGCCAUGUCUGCUUUGCAUGGAGCAGGAUUUCCUGAGAAUUUCCUGAGAUUCCUGGGGGAAUAACAGCUUAACUGUUGGCUGCAGUGAUCUGCGGGGCUCAUGGCUUGGUCCCAUCUGCUGGACUCCCCGAGCCACCUUGGGGCAGUCAGUGGCUUGUGUCAGUAGUUAAAGGCUAGCUGGGCGUCAUCUGCAGCGCCCAUGGGUCCGGCACGUUGCAAAAGCACGCAGGACCAUCUAUUCUUCAUUAGCCAGGGCUGAAAGAAACAGCUUUCACUGACGGGGAAGGGGAGCCAUGCAAGGGAAAGUCGCUGGUUUCAGCAGGGUGGGACUGUGUGAGCCUGGAGGGAGAAAGCAGGCUUGCGGGCUGAGGUGCUAUAGCUGUGUUUUUGUGCAGUUUUUGGUUGUUUUUCCUUGGCGUUCUGUUCUGCGCCAGCAGGCAGCAAGACCAGGUGAAGGGCUGAGAAGCUCCGAUGCGGUUACCUCUCUUGGCCCGUGGUGUCUGAACACGGGAGCAGCUCAGGGGGCCCCGGGGCUGUCGUGGGGUCAGCGGGAGAGCUGGUUAACGAGGUCGGGCACAGCCACGCUCAACCGGCAAAGGUCACCCGAGGUGACACGGAGCCACCCGGAGUGGGUGGGAUUCCACGGAAUAAACGCUGGGCGAAGGACUGGGUUCUGGGGUACAUGUGGCGAGCCAUAGACGCUGCCAGCGCCCGAGGUUGGGAUGCGCGGCAGCCAGCGCAAGAGGAGAAGGCCCCAACUCCGACUCCCGGUUCCCCCCCACAAAAAUCCACCUCCUGUCCCGUGCUCGGGAACGCUGCCCACCCACCCACGCACCCCCGUGGGCGCGGAGAAACGGGUGCAAGCA